AUGGUUGGUGUGCCGGGGCGUUCGAAAGCAUGCCGUACCUGCCGCCGACGCAAAAAGGGCUGUGAUCUACAACAGCCCUCUUGUGGCCAAUGCAGGAAGUCUAGCAUCCCGUGCGAGGGAUAUGCCGAGGGUCUGACCAUAUACCGCUACUAUGACCCUGGCCAUAAGGGAGAAGUUCCUUCUUCUGGUAGUCUUUGUGGAACUCAAAGCCGCCUUCCCAUCGAGGCUAGUCCGAACUAUCCGUCUUUAUCGGCUAUGCUGGCUACCUCUGUCACUCUUUCUCAAACCGCCCACGAGUCUUGUCUCGAAGGGAACUUUUGGACAUCGUAUAUGCCAAAUGGUCACUCUUUUUCUCUUUUUAGCCAGACCCAGCGAGAUCUAGGUGGCUCCAUCAGUGUACUUCGAGAUAUCCUACUGGAAAAGAGCAUCCUACGUACGGCUCUCGGUGCAAUGGCACUCACGACUGCGGCAAAUAAAGUCAGCAGCCAAUAUUGGAUGAGACAGCAAGGAACAAAUCUGCAUGUGAGUGCCUUACGGCAGAUGCGAAAAGCACUAAGCUCCCCAAGGAAGCCUGGUCUCGAACUUCUCGGUGCUGCACGAGUAUUCAGUCUCUACGAGUUUAUCCAGGCCCUCUAUGGGGGUGAUUGCCGGAACCAGGAAGCGCAAUCCCGCAACUGGAUGAUUCACCAUUCUGGAGAUCUUGCGCUGAUCCUUUCCAAUUCACCAUCAUUCUACGCUACCGGUCCAGCUCAUAGACUGUUUGUUGAUGGGCGACUCAACCAUGCACAAUUUGCACUCAAGGAACGAAAGAAGCAUGUUUUCAGUGAGCCAAUGUGGAUGACUGAUCCUUGGAUUCAUCACCCAAAAACACGCAAAGACCUAUUGGUAGACAUUCUCCUGGAACUCCCCUCGAUAUACGAGGGCAUUGACAACAUGAAUAUUCAGCCAGACUCUCCAGCAAAGUUGAGGCAGCGUUUGAUCCUCAAGGAAAUGGGUUUCGCCGUUAUGGAGAAAUUAUACCACUGGAGCUCAAAGUUUGCUAUCACAGUGGCCUGUAUAGGGCCGAAGUGGCAGCUCCCUAUCAACAUGACGACAGAUGAAAUUGCGGACACCCAUAUAAUGACAAUCUACUGGGCAUCGAGUAUCAUCGCCUACAGUAGAACUGUUGUCGCAGUAUAA